GAUCUCGAUCACUGGCAUUCCCCCCACUCCCCACUUGGUCAACGCGUCAACCAUGGCAGAACCAGAAGUCCUCACCGUGGCUGUUUGCAUCUUCGACAAAGUUACGGCGUUAGACUAUCAAGGGCCUAUGGAGCUUUUCGGCUUUUUUCAGAAAGACUUCCUGAGGAACCCGCCCGAAGUCUACCCCACAAAGGUUAAAUACGCCAUCGAGCCGACUUACUUUGGCACGUCUACAUCGAUAAAACCGUUUGCGGGCCCAACAUUAAGUAUCGAUGCGAAGAACGUCUAUACUACGUUCCUCGAUUCCGGUGAUGCAAGGCAGUUUGAUAUGAUUUUCGUACCUGGAGGUGCUGGUACCCGUGCAAUCAAACAAGAUGAUGCCAUUAUCAAGUUUAUCGAGAAACAAUCUACCAAAGCUCGGUACAUUCUCAGUGUCUGCACGGGCGCAUGGCUUCUUGCUCUUGGCGGUAUAUUUUUCGGCAAAAAAGCCACAGCGAACAAAUCAGCUUGGGCAGGGAAUCCCGAUGUACCUAAUGUUGACUGGGUGAGGAAAGCUCGCUGGGUCGUCAAUGACAAAGGUAGUGCGAAGGAAAUCUGGGCUAGUUCCGGAGUGACUGCUGGCAUGGAUAUGGCGAACGCGUUUCUUGCUCAUCUCGUUGGCAGACCAAACUCUGAGCUAGCCAGACAUGUCAUCGAGUACAAUGCUCAAACAGAUCCCGAUAUCGACCCUUUCGCAGAAUACUGGGGCUUGUUAGACUGAUUAUAGGAGUGUGGAAAAUUCAAAUAACUGAUUUUCGGAAGGGAAACCGCACUUACGUUGUAAUGCUUUCGAAUAUUUAAUGUUAGUCACUGGGUAUGAUCAUCAGCUAUUUCUU